AUGGCCUGGGUGGACAACCUGGCGGGAGUGGCGCCCCAUUUCGGCGCAUCAGCGCAAACGCGUUUGGAGGAUGUCAAGGUGAGGUUCUUCCGCAUCACAGUCUUGGGAGCUUCCGCGUGCGGAAAAACCAGCCUGAUCAGCUCAUUUGUCAAUCGCAACUUUCCAUCGCGCUAUGUCCGAACUGAGAAGGUUCAGGUGUAUCACAAGAAGAGCGAGCUUCCUGACGAGACUGAGUACCACGAGGUGCUGAGGCCCAUUCUGCUUGAGAUCGAAGACACGCCUGGCUCGGAGCGUGGCUUCGACGACGACGAUGACAACACCGGGCGCAAA